UUAUUUAUGGAGUGGAAACCAUAGAUACAAACUAUCCAUGCACAAACAUUGUAAUAUCAUCAAUACACUGAUGUUGCUAGUGUAAACUGACAUCCAUUUCUCCGGGAAAAUGAAUUAUGGCAUGUACCAACCAAGUUCUUUCAACACGACCUACAGAACAUACUAUGGCUAUCCAGGAAAAUCUUUGGCUAAAAGUAAUUCUAUGUCGAAAAGCUUAAACCCAACUUAUAAGCAGAGCAAAAUAAACGUUGGUGAUUUGUCGAGAUCAUUGGAACGGUCAGCAACUCAUGGACUGGAACGGUCAGCAACUCAUGGACUGGAACGAUCAGCAACUCAGGGACUACAAAGUUUACAGUACAGCCCGGGAACACCAACAACCAACUACAGACCACAAUCUUCAUUCGGACGAUUGUCCGAUAAGGAUGAAUUACUGAGACUGAAUAAUAGAUUAUCUGAAUACAUCACUAGAGUAAGACAGCUUGGAGAAAGAAAUGGACAAACAGAUUCUGCUGCUUUCAUCCAGUCUAUUAAGAUACUGGAAGAUGAAUUGGGAAAACUGAAAGCAAUGUAUGAAUCUGAACUUCAAAAUAUAAGACGACAGCUUCAAGAUACUGUUUCUGAAAAGAACAAAUAUCAACAACAAAAUGGUAGCUAUUUACAAGCUAUAAAGGAUUUGGAAAACAGGCUGACACAAGAAAUAAAUAAGAACAACGAACUAGUCAAUAGUAUCAAUAAUUAUCAACUGAAGAUAAGUUGUCUAGAGCAAGAACUCACGAAAGUAAAGUCAGCACCAAAACCUGUCGACGAGAGUCCCACGCUAAGAAAACAAGUAGCAGAUUUCUCCAGAGAAAGAGAAGAUUUCAAAGGAAGAUGGGAGAAAGAGGUGCAAAUCAGAAAAGAUAUUGAGGAAAAAUUUGCUGCCUAUUCCAAGAAAGCAGAAUUUGACAAUAACAUUCUAAGACAGCAAUUGAAUGAUUUAAAACAACGUUUAGAUACAUCAACAACUACUAUAGUGAAUCUGGAGACUAAAAUCCGAGAGCAGAACAAAUCGGACACAGAUAUACCCCAGUUACUGAGACAAGUAAGACAAGCAGCAGAAGAAGAUAUGAGGAAGCACCAGGCUGAGACUGAGAGGAAACACAAUGACAGCAUCUCUGCUUUAAGAGUCAAAAUGGAGAGUGAUUCCGCUGCUUUAGCGAGACUAGAAAAGGAGAAGGCUGGAAUUUUUGGAAAUUUCGGUGACUUAAAAGCUAAAAUUGCCAACCUUGAAGCACAAGUAAGCUCUUUAUCACAAGAAAAAAUUUCGUUGGGAGAUCUUAUUGCACAAGAAAGGUUAAUGGCCGCUGCUCAGCUUCGUGAAAUGGAGAAAAGAUUGCAAGACAUGCAAAAUGCUGUGUUUGCAAAACUGCAAGAAUUGAAUGUAUCCAAGGAAUCGUACAUACCACUUAAAGCAGAAAUUGAAGCCAUGAAGAUACUACUGUCAGAGGAGGAAAAGAGAUUGAGAACACCUGUAAACCGGAACCAAGUAUCAACACCAUAUGGAAAGAGAAAGUAUUGAAAGGAAAGAAAAAAAGGAACUGUCAUGCUCUACAAUGUAGUGACGUCUUUGAACAAUAAUUAGAAUAGUCUGUUGUUUUCUAUAGAAUAUUAUGUGCUGCCUUUUAUGUAAAACAAUGGAGGUAUUAUGAAACGGAUAGUAUGGACAUUGUGGAUGAUUGUACGUUAACACCACAGACCAUGAAGUAUAUUUUGACCGAUAUUGACGUGCACCGUUAGGUGCUAGGUUUUUUCAUUAUUUCUUUUCAUUCUAUAUUUUUUAUAUCUUUUUAUUUACUGAUUGAUUAACUGUUUAUUUAUUUCAAACUAUUUACAUAAUAAACUUUCAUUUUCAAAGCAAG